AUGAACAAGCUGUACAUCGGGAACCUCAGCGAGAACGCGAGCCCCUCGGAUUUGGAAAGUGUCUUUAAGGAGUCCAAGAUCCCCUUCACCGGCCCGUUCCUGGUGAAGACGGGGUACGCCUUCGUGGACUGCCCCGACGAAAACUGGGCCAUGAAGGCCAUCGAGGCGCUUUCAGGUAAAGUGGAACUGCACGGCAAACUCAUAGAAGUCGAACACUCAGUCCCCAAAAGGCAAAGGAGUCGGAAACUUCAGAUCAGAAAUAUCCCGCCUCACUUGCAGUGGGAGGUGCUGGAUAGUUUAUUAGCUCAAUAUGGAACGGUGGAGAACUGUGAGCAAGUGAACACUGACACAGAGACUGCAGUAGUAAACGUAACGUACGCCAACAAGGACCAGGCUAGGCAAGCAAUAGAAAAGUUGAAUGGCUUCCAGCUGGAGAACUACGCUUUGAAAGUCGCCUACAUCCCGGACGAGAUGGCGGCCCAGCAGCCCCCGCAGCCGCACCCCCCAGGGCGCCGGGGGUUCGGGCAGCGGGGUCCGCAGCGCCAGGGAUCCCCCGGAGCCGCCGUGAGGCAGAAGCCCCAGUCGGACGUGCCUUUACGCAUGCUGGUCCCCACCCAGUUCGUCGGAGCCAUCAUAGGCAAGGAAGGCGCAACCAUCCGAAACAUCACUAAGCAGACGCAGUCCAAAAUUGAUAUUCAUCGUAAAGAAAAUGCAGGUGCCGCUGAGAAGCCAAUUACUAUCCACUCUACGCCCGAAGGCUGCUCGACAGCAUGUAAAAUUAUUAUGGAGAUUAUGCAAAAGGAAGCUCAAGAUACAAAAUUUACUGAAGAAAUACCUUUGAAGAUUUUAGCACACAACAACUUUGUGGGUCGACUUAUCGGCAAAGAAGGAAGAAAUCUUAAAAAAAUUGAACAGGACACGGACACUAAAAUCACAAUAUCCCCUUUGCAGGACUUAACGCUGUAUAACCCAGAAAGGACCAUUACAGUAAAAGGCAGUAUUGAAACUUGUGCCAAGGCUGAGGAGGAAAUAAUGAAGAAAAUCAGGGAGUCUUAUGAAAAUGAUAUUGCUGCUAUGAAUCUUCAAGCACAUUUAAUUCCUGGAUUAAAUCUGAAUGCCUUGGGUCUGUUCCCACCUUCCUCUUCAGGGAUACCCCCUCCCACAGUGGGAGUUGCCUCAGCCGCAGCUGCUACUUCCUAUCCGCCAUUUGGGCAACAACCCGAAUCAGAGACCGUUCAUCUGUUCAUUCCAGCCUUGGCUGUGGGAGCCAUUAUCGGCAAGCAGGGACAACACAUCAAACAGCUUUCUCGUUUUGCUGGAGCUUCUAUCAAGAUUGCACCCGCUGAAGGACCCGAUGCAAAGCUGAGAGUAGUGAUAAUCACAGGACCGCCAGAGGCUCAGUUUAAGGCUCAAGGAAGAAUCUACGGGAAGCUUAAAGAAGAAAACUUCUUUGGACCUAAAGAAGAAGUGAAACUUGAAGCUCAUAUAAAAGUGCCAUCUUAUGCUGCUGGUAGAGUCAUUGGUAAAGGAGGCAAAACGGUAAACGAACUGCAGAAUUUGACCAGUGCGGAAGUGGUAGUUCCUCGUGACCAGACACCCGAUGAGAACGACCAAGUGGUUGUCAAAAUAACUGGCCAUUUCUACGCGUGCCAGCUUGCCCAGAGAAAGAUCCAGGAGAUUCUGGCCCAGGUGAGAAGGCAGCAACAGCAGCAGAAGACGGCGCAGAGCGGACAGCCUCAGCCCAGACGGAAGUAGAGGUUCGGGAAACGGCCCAUCGCGGAGACAGACGCCAGACCAAAGACAGACUGUGGACAAGACGGACGGGUGCCCUCCACCCGUCGCCAGGGUGACGUGCGCAAGUUCCACCUAGCCCGUCGCUUCUUGGAGGACCAGGCAACCUUUGAGCUCCUGUCUCUGUGAGAAUGUAUUCUUUACGCUCUCUCAAACUUUCGAAACCCAGCUUUAAAAAAAGAUAAGGACCCCUUCACUUCCCUUUCGUUCUACUCUCACAACUUAGCGUAAAUUUGCUAGUUUUUUUUUUUUUUCGUUUUAUUGUUCUUAAUAACCCCCAGCAAUUUUAGGACUUGGUUUAAUGAAGCUUUCUCUUCUGAGUUUACUGGUU